AUGCCCGUCCCUUCGUCCGACCCAGCGAUUCCAGCCGCCAGCGACGUUGCGCUCAUGGAGGGAUCCAGCGAUCAUGAUCUCCUCAGCACAAGUAGGGAAAACAUCGCUGGCCCUUCGACAUCGCCGGCGCAGAGGAAGCUCCCUCCACGCGGACGGCCCAGAAACCCAGCGGCCAGGCUCACAACCGCGGAAAAGGCAGAUAAUUUGGCGCUAUGGCGCUUCAAGUGCGACAUCUGCUGGCAUAUAGCGUCCUGCAAGGGCGACAUGACGAAACACAAGAAAGUCCAUGCUGAGAAAUCGUUUUUUUGCAAGGACUACGGUUACCCAUGCCUAAAACCGCGCCAUUUCGGACGACUGGACGCGGUCAAGCGCCAUGUUAACUGUCAUCUCGGAAAUGCAUGGGUGGAGGAAAUGAAGAGCGGUAGAGAUAUCGAGAAGCUGAGGAAGAUACAUGAGGACUGGCGUCAGUUGGAGAUGGGAAGCAGUGAAGACGAACCGUGGACUUUCCCGCUGAAUCCGACUAGUCCCCAGGAUUCUAAUGCUUGA